GUGUGUUGCCGUGGGCAGGCACACAACAAUCGUUGCGGUCGCCCCGAGGGGGGCGUGUGCGCACAGACUUCUCCAUGAAUAACAGCCUAGUUCGUCGGUAGUGGCCAAGGGGUGUACGCGGGCUCUCCGGCUCGUACAACACGCUGCAGUAGGCGCCACCCGGUGUCGCCCGACCCGGGAGAAAGGAGGGCAGGAGCCGGCUGAAGGCUAUAGCCUAACGAGCAAAAUAUUCCCCGCCCGCACGAGCCCUUCCCUCUCCCGCCCCGCCCGCCUUCCUCGGAAGACUUGGAGACCAAGGCCGCAAGAGGCGCAGGCCGGGUGGGGCUGGGCCGAGCCGGCCGUCCCUUAGAAACCUGGGACGAGGCUUUCCGCGGGACCUGCGCGCGCGCCCGGUACGCCCCGAGCGUGGUGCUCGAGGCUUGUUCAGGGGUGAGUAGGUAGCGGUUGGUUAAUGAUUUAACCGCUCGCUUGGGACGUUGAAGCUGAGAUCCUGCUUUCUGGCUCCUCCCCAUUCCUGGAGCGCCCCCAGCCGGAGGAACAAAUCUGCCCUCCCGUGUCUGUGGCGUCGCCUGCUGGAGCUGCCUUUGCCCGUUGGGGGUCCCUUGGUUGCUGUGGCCCUGUGAUUGCCCUGUCUACCCUUUGCACUCGCUGGACUUCGGAUCUGACCCCACACCUGCCUAUUGUCUUGGGGAGUGCCCAGCUCCCCUGCAGCCAGCACGAUGCCCAUUCUCAAGCAGCUGGUGUCCAGUUCUGUGAACUCGAAGCGCCGCUCGCGCGCAGACCUCACAGCUGAGAUGAUCAGUGCCCCGCUGGGUGACUUCCGCCACACCAUGCAUGUGGGCCGGGCUGGGGAUGCCUUUGGAGACACGUCCUUCCUCACCAACAAGGCCAGGGAAGCUGAUGAUGAGUCCCUGGAUGAGCAGGCCUCAUCUUCCAAACUCACCCUCCUGUCCCGGAAGUUCCGGGGCAGUAAACGUUCGCAGUCUGUGACCAGAGGGGACCGGGAGCAGAGAGACAUGCUGGGUUCCCUGCGGGACUCGGCACUGUUUGUCAAGAAUGCCAUGUCCCUGCCUCAGCUCAAUGAAAAGGAAGCCGCAGAGAAGGACGCCAGCAAGCUGCCCAAGAGUCUGUCAUCCAGCCCUGUGAAGAAGGCAGAUGCUAGAGGUGGCGGCCCAAAGAGUCCCCAUCGGAAUGGGGCCACAGGUUCCUACUCACCUGACCCACUUCUUGAUGAGCGGGCCUUUGGGGACCUGAUGGACCUACCCAUCAUGCCCAGAGUCAGCUACGGGAUGAAGCAUGCUGAGUCGAUCCUGUCCUUCCACAUCGACCUGGGCCCCUCCAUGCUGGGCGACGUCCUCAGCAUCAUGGACAAGGACCAGUGGGGCUCAGAAGAGGAGGAGGAAGAUGGCGGGUACCGUGACAAGGAAGGCCCCAGCGCCACUGUCCAGGCACCCCCUAUGCUGGAGGUAGUUCCUCCUCUAGGGAGACAGGAAAGCAAGGCCAACUGGGACCAGGCCUCCAUGCUGCCCCCCAACACUGUGGAGGAUGACGGAUGGGUGGCGGUAGCCCCCAGCCCCAGCUCAGCGCGCAGCGUGGGCAGCCACACCACUCGGGACAGCAGCUCCCUGUCCAGCUACACCUCAGGCGUCCUUGAGGAGCGCAGCCCAGCUUUCAGAGGCCCAGACAGGGCGGCAGCUGCUCCCCCAAGGCAACCAGACAAGGAAUUCUCCUUCAUGGAUGAGGAGGAGGAAGAUGAGAUCCGAGUUUGAGGCUGGACAGAAAGUUGAAAGUAGCUUCCACAGCUCUGGGCUGCAUCUCUUCCCUGCAGCUGCCUUCUCUGUGACCUUUGACCUUACUCUGUAGGUGCAGCUAAGAGCCUCAUUGGAGUUGACCCUGGACCUCGGGGACUGGGGUGCCAGGGAAGUAGCGUGGGCACUGGCGCCUGGUGGCAUGACUCUGACCUGACCUUCCUUACCGCACCAGCCUGGGACAGAUCCGAUUCUCUUCCGGGCUCCUUGCUUCCGGCCUGGCCUCAGAUGGGUGCCAGAUGUUAGUUUGAGUGGCUGCCGCAAUGGCAGGCAGCCAGGUGUGGGAUCUCUCCGAGGUCAUGGACACUUGGCUUCCUUUUGUUCGCCUUGACUGGUGCCUACCCAGGAGGCAUAUGCAGCAGGAGGCAGGGGCGCCCACAUGCUUGGGCAGCUCCUCCACCCCUGGCCCCUCACUGGAAGCCUGGUGCUCUUUGGGGUUCAGCUGGAGCAAGGGACAGCCUCAACUAUUACACUAAAUGCAGCCUUUCCAAAAGGCCAGGCCAGGGCGGGGCAGAGAAGGGACCCCCAGCUCCCAGCUUCUUGGGUUCUCAAGAAGGAGCCCUUCCUCGGUGACACUAGGAACAGGAAAGGGGCUGGCGAUGCCCUUGGGUGUGUUGUUCCUUGUUACUAUGUUUAAAGCUGAGUAGAGCACUGUCAAAGUCCUCUACCAGGAGUAUAGCAACUGUCUUGGUGGCAGAGCGACUGUUAUCUGACCUGAGUCUGGGUGUACAGGCCCUGCCCGCGUUGAACUGUGGCGGGGCAGCCGCCAUCAGUGUUUGUCCCUGAACCCCCACCUCCAUAGCUGUUAAUGGAGGGGGAGGACUGUGUAGGAAAAGUUCUGGAAUACGAUGCUUAGAUGCUUAAAUGAUACAUUAUUCCUCGGAGUGUGAGCUUUGGCUAGUUAGUGCCCUCUGCUUGGGCUAUGGGCCAGGCUUAGCAAAAACACGAAACAAAACAGGGACCGACCGUAUUUGAUUUGAAUUCCAGGGAAAUGAAAGUGGGUUUUUGUUUCUUUGUUUGUUUGAUUGUUUUUGGCUUUUUGAGAUACAGUCUCACUCUGUAGCCCAAGUCGGCCUCAAGCUCAUAGCAAGCCUCCCUUUCCCUCGGAGCUGGUAUCACAAGUGUGCACCGCCGCUCUUGGCUGCUUGUUUUUCUGAAAUCCGUUUUGCUCAGCUCCUGUAACUCUACCCAGAGCAUAGGUAGAGUCAGAGGCCUGAGCCCCCGGGGUUGGUAGCUCAUUGCUUUUCUGUGCUGGGAGCCAGCAGACCCACUCCCUGGUCUUGAAUAGCCAGUAGGAAUCUGGGGAGAGAGCAAGCUAACUUACAAGCAGAGUCUGGCCAGAUGGUGGCCAGCCAUGGGCUGCUCUGCUUCCAGAGGCCUCCUAGAUCCUGACCCUGAAAUGCUCACUGGGCUCCUGACUGGUGCUCCUACAUAGGUAGGCAUUGGCAGAGCUACAGAGCUGUGCCUCUGGCCAGCAGCACACACACACACACACACACACACAUACACACACACCCCUCUUCUAAAUCUACAUGGUUGGUUCUAGACUCUAAACUUUGUAAUUUUUUUCCAUGACAUUGAUAAAGCAGUAAAAAAACAUUAAAAUUUCCUCCUAGCACU